AUGAGUCUCCUCAACAAGCCCCAGAGUGAGAAGAUCCCAGAGGAGUUACAGGAGGGGGAGGAGGAGGAAUUUAACACAGGUCCACUCUUUGUGCUCACACAGUCAGUCAAGAACAACACCCAAGUGCUCAUCAACUGCGGCAACAACAAGAAACUCCUGGGCUGUGUGAAGGCCUUUGACAGGCAUUGCAUCACGGUGCUGGAGAACAUGAAGGAGAUGUGGACCAAGGUCCCCAAGCGUGGCAAGGGCAAGAGGAAGUCCAAGCCAGUCAACAAGGACUGCUACAUCUCCAAGAUGUUUCUGCGUGGGGACUCUGUCAUUGUGGUCCUGCGGAACCCCCUCAUCACUGGCAAGUAG